AUGCAACUUAUAUUGAAUUUUCUUGUUUUUGUUAAUCUAAUCAAUAUAUUCUAUGCGCUUGUCUGCCCUAUUUAUCGAUCACAUAAAAAAAAUCUUGAUCAACAAGAUUUUAUAGAAGAUUGUCAUAGAAAUUGUCAAUUUCGUCACAUAUCAGAAAAACGAGAUGCAUGUCUCGGUGUUUAUUAUAAUUAUUCAGGAAAUAUAUCUGUUAUACAAUUAGGUGUUAUAUAUAGUGAUGAACAAUGUUUAACAUCUAAACAAUGUAUACUUGAUAUUGAUUCACAAAAUCCUCAAUCAUUUUCAUGUUGUUGUUCGUCAGAUAAUUGUACACUUCAUUGGCAAAGUAUAUUAACAACAACAUAUCGUUCAAUUGUAAUAAAUCGUACAACAAAAAUUGAAAAUUUAGUUAUGAUACAUCAAAAUCAUUAUUCAUGGAAAUUACUUUUAAUAAUAUUUAUUUUAAUAAUGAUUAUUAUAUUAAUUAUAUUUACAUUUAGUUUAUGGAAAUUAUUAAGAAAUAAAUAUGAAAAUCAAGAUAAUAAAUCAUUAUCAUCUUCAAUAGAAAAAUUAUUUUUUCCAAUACAAGAAAUCAAUAUAGGCAAAAAUAGUAUUGUUUAUAAAGCUAUUUCCGAUCAUGAUAUUGUUGCUCUUAAAGUUUAUAAACAAAUGAAUAUAUUAAUAUGGAAAAAUGAAGUUUCACUACUAAAAUCUAUUAAACACGAAUCAAUCAUUAAGAUUCUAUCUGAAGGUCAAUAUAGUUCACAUUUAUAUCUUGUAUUGCCCUUUUAUGAAAAUGGUACACUUCAAUCAUAUUUACUUACAGCCAAUCGAAAAUUAUCCAUUAAUCAAUGUUUAGUAUUUCUUCGUUCACUUGCUUCAGCAAUAUCUUAUUUACAUAUGGGACGAAAUAGUACACAUAUGACAAUUGUUCAUCGUGAUAUAAAAUCAUCGAAUAUACUCAUUGAUAAAAAUGAAUUAAAUUUAUAUUUGACAGAUUUUGGUGUUGCUCUUACUCUUCCUCAGAUAUUGACUGAAAAAGAUUUUGUACAAAUUGGUACUAUACGUUAUAUGGCACCUGAAUUACUUGAAGGUGUUAUUUCACAUACACGUGAAGCUUUAUGUAGUGUAGAUAUGUAUGCAUUAGCAUUAGUUAUGUGGGAAAUCAUAACACAAUGUGAUGUUUAUCCAACAACAGUAUAUCGUCCACCAUAUGAAGAAUAUAGAACAAAUAGUUCUAAUAGAUCUUCUUUUGCAACUGAAAUAUAUGAUAUUGUUGUUGUUCGUCGAUUACGACCUACUCUUGUUCGACAAAUACAAGACAAUCAACAUUCUCUAAUUAUUCAUGAACUAUGUUCAUUAAUUGAUGCAUGUUGGAUAACAGAUUCUGAUAUGCGUAUGAAUGCACAAACUCUUGCUUUCAAACUCAAUCAAUUGAUAUAA